AAGCACGUGAAGAACACGCGCUUCACCAAAAUCCUCAAUUCAGAGAGCUUCGAGAAAGACUAUCCUUUAUAUGGAUUUAUCCUCAAAUUGCAAUACAAGAAAGGUCUCAGAAGAGCAUCACUUUUGAAGCCGGCACAAGAGGCCUGGAAUACAUUUUGUCCAGCCAACUGUCCAGUCGAGCAUAUAUUUAGAUACCUGAGCGAUGGGGAUCUAAAAAAUUUAAUAAAAGCUAAAGUAGAGAAUUCCUUUUUGAAAAGGAAACUGAUAGAAAGCAGAGACAGGGGAGAACCUUCCGAGAAGAUGCAACGAACUCAAUGAGCAGGAAAAGCUUUCGCGGCAAGACAAAAGUGCCUGUUACAUAAAAUUUAAGAUAACGUUAAAGAUUUAAAUAAAAUUUAUUUAUUUUUAUUGUUGAUAAACGCGCGUGCGCGCGAUUUUAUUCGUACGAAUACGUUUGAGACGAAGUGUAUUAGAUACACUUUUUUAGAAUCGUGUUGACGUAGAUAAAGACAUACGAGUUGCGAGGUAAAUUUUGUGUAAAUUAUUAACAGAAGCUUCCUGUCUCGUUAUCACGGCUAAUUACCACUAAUAAUGAGCUUGUAUAUACUAAUAUAUAUAUUUACAACAAUGCUGUUGCUAAGACUUAUAGAAAAGGAUUGCAUUUUUCACUAAUACAUGCAAAAAUUAUUGUAAAACCGAUAAAUCUAUUAGGUAUCUACAAAAUGUAUACGAUGGUACACAGUCUGAUACUUUCGUGAGAAUUUAAUAAAGAUGUAUUUUUUAAUUAAAUUACAUAAAUGAUGUCACAGUAUGCAAAGAAAUAAGCUAUUUAUUUUAGUUUAAAAAACAAUGCAAAAAAAGAGUACCUAAUUAAGGACAAGCAAGCAAGAGACGCGUUUGCAGCUUACCAACCAAGUUGGAAUAUGUUGAUGAUACUGCAUUUAUUUCAUCAAAAUUUCUUAUUAAAGUGGAUGUAACAUACCAAGUUGACAGGUAUAAAAAUCAAAACUCAUAAUUUUUUUUUAGCACUUAAUUCUAAUAAUUAUUUUUAUUCUACAUUGUAUGUAAUUAUAUAAUGUAUUGUACCGCGACGUAAUCGUUUGAAAUGUUCCCGCUUUAGGAAUAAUGACGUCGCCUAAAAAAAUCGCGACGCGUAUAUAAUAUAGUUGACCGUUUAUGACUGUUAAUUUCUUAGCCCACGUGAUCACUAUCACACCGGUUGGCCGGUUGCGCUAUUCUGCCUGUCAGUUUAUCAAAAACGUAAACGAUUGUACUUUUAGAAAUUUGACAUUUAAGAGGUUGUCAAAUCUGUGUUGAAUGAAGGGUUAACAGUAACUGAGAUAUGGAAACACCAUCAGAUUUUCCUUUUCCAUUUCCACCCUAUUCAAUUCAAGCAGAUUUUAUGAAGAAUUUAUACAUGUGCUUAGAAAAUGGAAAUUUAGGAAUAUUUGAAAGUCCCACAGGAACUGGAAAGACAUUGUCCAUCAUCUGUGGAGCAUUAAAGUGGCUGAUAGAUAACGAAGCAAGGCAAAAAAGUAGACUGCUUGAGAAACAGGCAGAGCUUGAUGCCAAAAUCAAAGAAAUCGAAGCCAAAAACGUGAAUGAUUGGUUUUCAGUUCAAACAGAACAGAUAGAGUUGAACCAAGACAAACAAUUUCUUCAAAAAAAAUUAGAUGCUCUUGCAAAACAGGAAGAGAAAAAGAUCAAGUACAAAGAGAGGGUCAAACAAUAUAAUGAACAAUGUAAGAAGAAUAAACAGUAUUCUUAUGACAAGUGGAGGAACAGAAAGAAUGAUGAAAAAAAAGAAUCUCAAAACGGAGAAAUCGAUGGUACAAAGUCCAGAGAUAAUUUAAUAGAUGAAGAUCUCAUUUUGAAAGAUAUUGACUGUCGAUCCGACAGCUCAGAAGAUGAAGAAACAGCAGAGGAAUCUCCUGCUAAUUGCAAAAUAUUCUUUUGCUCAAGAACUCAUUCACAACUAUCUCAAUUUGUUGGAGAACUCAAAAAGAGCCCAUAUUUUGACAAAGUUUCUUUAGUAUCACUAGCAUCAAGGAACAAUUAUUGCAUCAAUUCUAAGGUGAAAGCUCUAAAAAGUAUUAAUCUAAUAAAUGAUCAGUGUCAGCAAUUGCAAAAGAAGAAAGCCACCUCUAAGCAAGAAAAAGAUUUGAAACGUUCAAAAACUUCCACAUCCUGUCCAUUUAUGCCUGGUGAUCAAUCCCUGCUUAUGGCAGAAAUAUUAACCAGUAUCCGUGACAUUGAAGAGACGGUCAAAUUAAGUGAAGAAAUAAAAACCUGUCCUUAUUACUCUACGAGAAAGUCUGUGGAAGAUGGGCAAGUAAUUUUGGUCCCCUACAACUCUAUUUUACACAAGAACACCAGAGUCAGUUCAGGAAUUAAUCUAAAAAACAAUAUAUUGAUUGUUGACGAAGCUCACAACUUAUUGGAGGCCAUUGAAAGGAUGCACUGUGUGACCUUGACUGGCAAACACAUUUUGCAUUGUCUUAAUCAACUCACUCAGUAUAAGAAAAGAUUUGAAAAUGUACUAACAGCAAAAAACGUUCUGUUCCUGAGCCAGAUAAGCUUUUGCAUGAAAAAACUUCUCAAACUAUUGGGUGGAACAUUCAGGUCUCGGCCAGAUGAUAAACCAACUAACACAGCAGUUACAAAAUUAUACAGCCUUGAGGAAUUUGAGAUAACAGCUGAGAUAGAUACCGUGAACAUGUUUGAUCUCAUUGGCUUUAUUCAAAAGUCUAAAUUAGUACAUAAGCUGAGGGGCUAUGUCGAGAAGUACGAGGAUGAUCUUGUUCCCAAGGAGGUGAUUAAAGAGAAAAAAGGGGUUACUGCAUUCCUUGAGUCCCUACAGAAGAAAGAAGUCGUAGAGAUGAAAGAAAAUGUCACGGUACCAAGGGAAACUGAAAAAGAGCCUAUCACAAGUCCAAUGAUGGUUAUAACAAGUUUUUUAGAGACUCUCAGAAGUAGCUGCAGUGAUGGAAGAAUAUUUGUGCUGCCUGGUACAACAGUUGGCGAAGGUUGUUUGAAAUUCCUCUUGUUGAACCCAGCAGCACAUUUUGCAGACAUUGUACAAGAAGCAAGAGCUGUAGUUUUGGCUGGUGGCACAAUGGAACCGAUGUCCGAGUUUAAAGAGCAGCUGUUCAUUAGUGCUGGUGCAAAAUCAGAAAGGAUUGUCACCUUUUCCUGUGAUCACGUUAUUCCUAAAGAGAAUAUCCUAACAUGCAUUCUGAAGACGGGUCCUACUGGCAUCGAUUUUGAGUUCAAUUUUCAAAAUAGGCAGAAUACGAAAAUGCUGGAUGAAUUGGGAAGGACGCUGGUGAAUUUAUGUAACAUCGUGCCAGCUGGUUUAGUGGUUUUCCUGCCAUCCUAUAGUUACGAGGAUCUGCUAUUCAAGCACUUGGAAUCGAACGGAGUUUUGACAAAGAUUCGAACCAAAAAGACAGUUUUUCGAGAACCAAAGUCCACAACUCAAGUUAAUCAAAUUUUGGAAAAAUACGCCAGCGCCGCAAAAACGCCGCAAAAACCACAAAACGGAGCAAUCUUAUUUAGUGUAGUAGGCGGAAAACUAAGCGAAGGCUUGAAUUUCUCGGACGACUUGGGACGAUGUGUUAUUGUAGUUGGUAUGCCAUAUCCAAACGUAAAAUCCCCGGAGUUGCAAGAAAAAAUGAAAUAUUUAAACGAGAAUGUUAAUCCAAACGCAGGGAGCGUCUUUUAUGAGAACUCUUGCAUGAAAGCUGUUAACCAGUGCAUUGGUAGGGCGGUUCGCCACAUCGCUGACUAUUCGACCGUAGUCUUACUAGAUCGUCGGUACUCCAACAAGACCAAGUCGCUGCCCGGCUGGAUCCAGCGCACGCUAACAAUACAGCCAAAUUUCGGAAGCUGCGUUCAGGCCCUUGCAAGAUUCUUUGCUGCUAAAAGAAAGUCUGCUACUGCAGCGAGCUAGUUCUUUCGUGAUACUAAACAAAUUAAUUCGAUGAUUGAGAAAUCGUAGCAUUUCUUUUAAAGUACGGUAUGUAGUCUAAUAGGCCGCAGUCGUCAUAUAAUUUAUUUGAGAAGCACAAGAUACCAGAUUAAACUAUUUUCGACUGAUUUCUUUUUAUGAAAUCUUGAAACCCGACAAAGACCAACAUGAAAUACGGAAAAAGUAAUUUAGUUUUACAAAUAAAAUCGCUCUAAGAAUAUUUUUUAACAGUUAUAAUAGAUAUCAGUAUUGCAAUAUAUUUAACAUAACUGAGCUUCAUCAUUCACAAAAAAAGUUCAGCGCACGGAAAUCCCCGGACUCCGAUUCACAGGCCAUGCCAAUUGCUUCUGUUGCUCAUACUCUUAAAUGGUUAAGUGCCUAGCACUGUACACCGAUGCAAUAAGUUAUGUCGAUACGGAUAAGAUUCUCUGAAUUUCUAUUUGUAUAACUCGCCUUAUGCAACAUCGCACCGUGCGGUGCUUGGUUAGAAUAAGACUGCGGUCAAGUGUGAGCUGGUAUCACAAAUUGAAUUUGACGCGUCGCGCUUGCGUGUUCAUAAUCGAUAUAUUGAGCACGUUUUUUAUACUUUUUUAUCCAGUUCAACUUUGUAUACGAGAAUAAAAAAAGUUUGAAAAAUG